UGCUUGAGCCAAAAUGGCUGCCGUGCUCCUUCAGUCAGGGGCUGGUUAGCAUGAAACCUGCCCGAUUAAACCUACAAUGACCCGGUUCGGCUCUUAUUAGUUGGAUUCAUUACAUUUUUCAAUAAGAAGAGUCACUCUGAAGCCAGUGGAGACGUGUUUAGAUGCUGAGGAGAUGGCGGGUCGCGGAGUUGAGUGUUUAUGGAAACGACACGUUAUCGAGGAGCUGAAACAGAGAGACAGAGUUCAGCGUCAGGCCUUUGAAGAGAUUAUACACCAAUAUAACCGGCUGUUGGAGAGGUCUGAUUUCCAGGCUGUUCUGUCUGAACGUCUGCACACAGAGAAAUAUGAGCAACAGAACAGACAAGACCUUAGUCCAGGGGUUGACGGUGGUCGUAGUGACUCUCUGCAGCAGGAGAUGGCGCAGAUGAGAAUUAAACAUCAAGAGGAACUCACAGAACUACACAAGAAACGAGGAGAGUUGGCCCAAAGUGUGAUCGAACUAAACAACCAGAUUCAGCAGAAAGACAAAGAAAUCCAGAGCAAUGAAUCCAAGAUGUUGGAGUACCAGCAGCAGAUCUCUCAUCUGGAGGGAGAGUGUCGCGAGCUUCGUAACUGUCUUGCUGAUCUGGAACGAGCCAAUCAGACGCUGCGAGAUGAGUAUGAUGCCCUGCAGAUCACAUUUGGAGCACUCGAGGAGAAACUACGAAAAACCACAGAGGACAAUCAGGAACUGGUGUCUCGCUGGAUGGCGGAGAAAGCCCAGGAGGCCAACAAACUCAACGCUGAGAAUGAGAAAGACCGCAAGCGCAGGCAGGCGAAGCUUCAGAAGGAAUUAGCAGACGCUGCAAAGGAACCGCUUCCAAUAGACCCAGAUGAUGACAUCGAGGUUCUCCCAGAGGAUGCUGGAAAGGGAACAGGUGAAACGUCACCGAGCAGACAGAUCAGCCGUACCCCCAGUAAGCGCUCGUCUCAGGCUCUUCCUCCUAGCGGUCUGCUGGAUUCCAUCUCUAAUAUAUUCGGCUUGUCUGAUUCUGUCCAACCUGGUUUCAUCCCGUCUGACUCCAGAAGACGUCGUUCUAUGAACUCAUUCGGGACAUCUACUGAAACCGCGGAAGUGCCAUCGCCGUGUACCGAUGUCCGUGUUCCCUCAACUGCUCUGCACAUCUUUGAAGCCCAUGAUGGAGAAGUGAACGCUGUGAGGUUCGGUCCUGGUUCUCGUCUGCUCGCCACAGGAGGAAUGGACCGCCGAGUCAAACUCUGGGAGGUCAUAUCAGGGCAUUGUGAACCCAAAGGAGUGCUGACCGGCAGUAAUGCCGGAAUCACCAGUGUAGACUUUGAUAGUGCGGGGUCGUAUCUAUUGGCCGCCUCUAACGAUUUUGCGAGCAGAAUUUGGACUGUUGACGACUACAGACUGCGGCACACGCUCACAGGCCACAGUGGGAAGGUUUUGUCAGCUCGGUUUCUCCUCGACAACGCUCGAAUUGUCUCCGGCAGCUACGACAGAACGCUGAAGCUCUGGGACUUACGCAGCAAAGUCUGCAUGAAGACAGUGUUUGCUGGCUCCAGCUGUAAUGAUAUCGUCUGCACAGAGCAGUGUGUGAUGAGCGGACACUUUGAUAAGAAAAUCCGUUUCUGGGACAUCAGAGCGGAGAGUACUGUAUGCGAGUUAGAGUUGCUGGGACGUGUAACAUCUUUGGACCUCAAUCACGACCGGACGGAGCUUCUGGCGUGUUCCCGUGACGACCACGUGAAAAUAAUCGAUCUGCGCUGUAAUGCAGUGCGACAAACAUUUAGUGCUGAAGGUUUUAAGUGUGGUUCUGACUUUACCAGGGUAACCUUCAGUCCUGAUGGGAGUUUUGUGGCAGCCGGAUCUUCAGACGGUGUUCUGUACAUUUGGAACGUUCUAACGGGCAAACUUGAGAAAACUCUUGAUAAGGGUCAUAGUUCUACCAUAAAUUCAGUGUCCUGGUCUCCAUCGGGGGCGUAUGUGGCCAGCGUUGAGAAAGGCAGCAAGGCCGUGUUGUGGUCGGAUAUGUGAUUGGCCGCUCUCUUCCUUGCCUCCGCAGUGAUUGGCUGAGCGCUGUGCACUGCGCUGUUGUGAUUGUACAAAACAGACUGUAUAAAGACAGAAAGUGAGCCCCACCUCACAUCCCUCCGGUCUCUUGAACUAUAUGACCCAUAAUGCCAUAUGUCUGGAGAUCCACAUGUAUGCGUGCUGCCUUCCUCUGAAUAGACGGCACCGUACACGUAUUAUAUACAUAAAUAUGUAUAUCAACUUUCAUGUACUGUUGGAUGUCUCACUCAAACUCGAUGUGAGACGAUGAAGAUGUGGAAAUUCUAGUUGUUCUUCACAACUCUUACGGCUUGUUUUUAACACUGUUUUAAAUUGGUGUGUUUGCGUUUGGAAUGUGCUGCUGGAAUAUUUGCUUUUGCACAGAUACAAGUCAUUUAAAGGGAUAGUUCUGCCAUCAUUUACUAAACCUCUUGUUGUUCCAAACUUGUUUGACUUUCUUUCUUCCAUGGAAUACAAGUGAUGUAUGGCAGUAUAUAAGAAAGUUAUAUGGGUUUGGAAAAAUAUGAGGGUGAGUAAAUAAUAACAGAAUUGUCAUUUUUGGGUGAAUUAUUCCUUUAAGAUGUGUGUGUGUUCGUUUGACUUUAAUGAAUCUCAGUAGGUGGAUACUGUUGCAGUUCCAGAUACACGUAGAGGGUGCUGUUCACCAACACUAUUCUCGGCUCAGUCACUCUGAAAAAAAACACAUGUCAGUCAAAAUUAAAGGUCUGCCUCCCCAUAUGUAAGGUAAACCCUAUUUCAUAAACAAAAAGUUACACUAAUGCCCGUAAGAGUAAAUCUCAAGUGCAAGGUCUGGGUCAUAUUUCCCCACAAAAUCUAUAAAAAUAAAUGUCAGUAGCACAUAAUCAUAUUAUUUAUUAUAGAUGAACAUAAUAAAAAAAAAUCUAGUGUUUACAAAAAAUAAUGAAAUUGAAAAAAAUAAAAAAUAAAUAGGAUUUAUACAUCACAGAAGUAAUGAGAAUCUACUGAGAAUCACGAAUAAUAGGAAUAAAAAUGGUUAUGAUGGCACGGCACAGACUGGGGAAAGUGUGCCUCAAAAUCUUGAUGGCCCUAAAAAUAGGCUUUAUUUUCUCUAAGCAAAAUAUAGGAAUAAAUAUAAAAAUGCAUAUUGUUUGUUUAUUUAUUUAUUUAUUUAUUUUAUUUGCUUUUUGGAUUGAAAUAUGAAAGGGGCCCCUUAGAAGACAGAAAUGUAUUUUCGGAAAAAGUUUUACAUUCCCUCGUAAUACAUUUUUGGUGUCCUUGCAAUACCUUUAUUCAUCCCGUAUGAAAAUUAACCAUGGGUUUACUACAGUGAGUAUGCAUCAACUACGGUAACUGUAGGAUAACCACGAAAUUGACUAUGGAUUUGCUACAAUAACGAUUUUUUUAGCCUUGGUUUUUGUGGUAAAAUCAAAGUAAUAAUACAGGAAAACCAAAACUGUGGUAAUAAAAAUCAUAAUCAUUCUGCCCGAAAAACAUGGUUAAUUUAUAAUACAUGUAUCAUGGUUUUUAAAAUAGGUAAAGGUAUUGUAGUGGAACUCAAAACUAUUUCAGAAAACAAAUUUCCUCCCUGUCCUCUACUGGGCUCUGUAAAUAUGACCUGGACAUGUUUUUGUAAGAUUCACCCAAACCUCUGCGAAAUUACCAUCAUCACAGUUUCAGGUGUUUAUUUGGACCAAUCACAACUCUCUAUUCUAAGCCCCUCCCCCUGACUCCUCUCGGAUCCUGGGUGAGCGUGCGUGUGUGUGUGUGUGUGGUGAACGACUGUUGGAUACGCUGGUGCAGAAUGUAUGCGAUGCAAUUUUUCUGUUUGGCUUUUAUUGGAGAAAAUGACGUGCCAUUAUUCUUUUAAUUUUCUUGUCGUCUGCCUCGUUUCCUGUGUUUCAAAUACCAUAUGAAACUCUUUGCAAACAAUCAACAUGAAAACGAGUGCACUUAUUUAUUUGCUGUGACGCCAGUAGCCGUUUUCUGAACUGGCAAAGUUUGCACUUGUUAUAAAAGGAAUAAACCCGGGAAUGCACCUUAAAGCUGACAGUGAGAGCUACGACCUCUUCUAACCAGAGGCACAGAUUCUGGGGGGGGAUGGGGGGAGGUAACCCCCCCAAUAAUCAAGACUAGCAACUACAACGCCCCCCCCCAAAUGAUCAAACCAGAUCUACGCCCUUGCUUCUGACACUAUAUUUGAUGUAUUUGUGAUUGCAUUGGCUGCCUUAGUUCUCAUUUUAAGGCACUCAUUACCCCUUAAAGGGGUAGUUCACCUAAAAAGGAAAAUUCUUUCAGUUUUUACUCUUUACGCUGCUCUUUUCCAUACAUGGUGACCAGAUUAAGCUCCAAAAAUGACCAUGAAAGAAGACUGAAAAUGAAGCCCUGCUGUGUAAAGAUUCUUUAGUUUCAGCAUACAGUUUUGGAAUGGCUUGAGGGUGAGUAAAUGAUGGCAGAAUUUUCAUUCUUGGAUGAGCUAAUUUUUUAGGCUAAACGCUGGAGUCUGUCAUGGCACCAGUCAAGUGCAUUUUAGUUUCAGAUCGUGGGUGGUGGGGACGGCACACUUUAUGGAUGACUGUUGUAUUUUGUGUGGGUGUGGCUUGAGUUUUAGCUCCACCCCUCUGACUUGUUUGUAAGCAGGGCUGGAAGUGGGCACUGUAUUCCACUGACUAAACAGACUGUGUAAGUGUCGCUUAUGUAUAUGAGGUCUCUGUAUAUGUCUGCUUAAUGUUUGCACACCAUAAAAUGUGUGAGACGUUACUU